UUUGCCACGCUUCCCUGGUUUUGAUGGUUGCUUCACAGCCAUCAUAUCCAGUUAAUGAGCUUGGCCGCCCUUCGUUUGUCGCCUUCCAUGGUCGUCGUUGCAUGUUGCUUAUCACCCGGAUGCAUUCAACGGCCUCGACAUGGACUACUACUCUCCACUAGAAAAGAGUUCGUAUGCGACAGAAAACCCUCGAACCCUACCGUUAGGGGACGACACACCACCGGGGCGAGGGGCACAGACUCCCCAAAAGGCCGGGUGGUCAGUGUACCACGUGCAUGCGUUGGUAUGCAUUGCAUUACAUCUCUUCCUCAUUCUUGUACAUAUCGCUCUCCUGGUCGUUUGCUUGGGACACUAUGAGCGGGCCAUCUCAUUCGCCCUCACUCCGUUCACGCUCGAAUGGUAUUCACUGGCGGCGACAACCCUGGUACAAGUAUUCGGGACAAUAUUUCUUGCCAUAUUGGUCUCGUUGACGCAGUCCCUAGCGUUCCGAAGUGAUCUCUAUGUUCGCCAGACGCUGACUGCUUUACACGACAAGAGCGGUGCCUGGCUUGGGCUCGGCGCAGCGUUCACGUCGCUGUGGGCACAGUUCAAGCUUCGCGCAGCCAUAGCUGGUGUCAUGUACAUCACCGCCUAUUUGUUCGGCGUCUGGCUGCUCCAUAUUACUAUACCAACUGUUCUGAACGUGGUACCCUAUAACGCAACAGUCUCGACAGUGCAUCACACGGUCCUUGCAAAUGCGACUUUUGGCACCGAUUCUGUUUCCGCGUACGACAUUCUCUUGGUCUAUGACCAGCCCGAGGUGCCUACACUGGGACUCCAAGACAACAUGGUUUACGAUGUUAUCCCCCAAGUGUCUUUCGCGAGCGGGAGUGCCAUGGUCAAUGCGUCCGUGUACAGCGUCGAUUGUGCCGCCUUACCAUCUGCCGAUCCAAUGCUCACAGGUUCCAGGGGCGUCGACCUGCGUGGACAGCCGAACAUGACGUGGCUGAGCUUCAGUAUCGACGACACGUACGAACAGGGCGUGAACUUCUCAGCAAGUCUUCCUUACAGCGCCUCGGCGAUCUACACCGGGCAAGUGAUAAACACAGACCUGGACUGCAGCAUGCAGCUAUUGCCCGCUGCGUAUUCCCGAAGCACAUGCUGGGCACCCAUCGUCAUGCUGUCCACCGUAGCCAUUCUGGACUCCGCAGGACACGAAGCACCCGUGCCGGGCGGGCCCUGGAAGCCCAUUGAUCCACAGGUCAUUGUCCCUGUGCCUUAUGCGGAUCCUGCUGAAAUGAUCACGGCAGUACAGCUGCUGGCUUGCAACGUAGGAAUCACGAAUGUCAAAGUUGAAGUGUCAGUCGACACGCGUACGCCAGGAGCUACCACGCAGGGGCCGCAGACCGACAGCACCUUGUGGAAAAACUGGACGCGGCCGACCGACCAGGAGCUGACAGCGCAGCUUCGCAUUGUAUGUUUCUAUUU